UCCUGAGUGUCAAAGAUAACACUGAUCUGAGUUUAAUGUGCAGCGCUUCAUCUGUCGCUACUUAUGGUUGAGGUAAUGCGCUUUAUCUGCAGUUAGGUUCUCUUGACUAUACUGUGGAGGUAAAUAUAAAGGUUCUUAUCCUUAUUCCAUAUUCUCACUGCCUGCUUGCACUGGCUCCAGGGAGAGGGCGGAGGAUAUUUAGCAUCUCCCAGCCUCCGCCCGCCCCGGUGGCUCUCUCCCAAGCGGUGGACACGGGAGACAGACAGAAAGAGGGGUGAUGGCCGCCGAUGGAGGUUGCGGGGAAUCGGUGGAUCAGUACCGAGCCGAGGUAGAGCGGCUUACCCAGGAACUGGCCGAGGCGAACAGGGAGAAGAUCAGCGCUGCUGAGUGCGGUCUGGUCGUCCUGGAGGAGAACCAGGCGCUGAAGCAGAAGUAUGCAGAUCUGGAGGCCGAGCAAGAGACUCUCAGGAAGGAAUUAGACCAAUUGCAGGAGGCAUUCAGCCAGGCCUAUACCAACCAACGUAAGGUGGCAGAGGAUGGGGAGACCAAUGAGGAGACGCUGCUGCAGGAGUCGGCCUGUAAGGAGGCCUACUAUACGGGCCGUCUGUUGGAGCUGCAGACGGAGAUGACUCUAAGCCGUUCUGUAGCGUCCAACGCCCAGGCGGAGGGUGAGAGGCUCAGCGCACUUGUGCAGGAGCUACAAGAGAGCAAUGAAAUGCUGGAGCUACAGAGGAGCAGGAUGAGGGAGGAGAUCAAGGAGUACAAGUUCAGAGAGACCAGGCUGCUUCAGGAUUACACGGAGCUGGAGGAGGAGAACAUUACACUGCAGAAACUGGUCUCGACGCUCAAGCAGAGUCAGGUGGAGUAUGAAGGACUAAAACAUGAGAUUAAGGUCCUGGAAGAGGAGACCGUUCUUCUCAACAGCCAGCUUGAAGAUGCAUUACGCUUAAAGGAAAUCUCAGAGGGUCAGUUAGAGGAGGCCCUGGAUGCCCUCAAGGGUGAGCGUGAGCAGAAGAACAAUCUAAGAAAGGAACUGGCCCAUCAUAUCAGCCUGAGCGACAGUGUCUAUGGAGCAGGGGCCCACCUGGCUCUCACUGUCACUGGCGUUGAGGGCCUCAAGUUCGCUGAGGAAACGAAUGGCACAAACGGCACCAACGGCAGCAGCAUCCCCGCUGCUAAUGGCAACAAUGAGGACAGCAACCGGCGCACCAGUCACCUCCACACUGGCACAGGGUUAGCUAAGAUGAAUGGGGACUACCGCCCAGGCUGGAAAGGAGAAGGCCUGCACCCCGUGCCAGACCUGUUCAGUGAGCUCAACCUGUCAGAGAUGCAGAAGCUCAAGCAGCAGCUGCUGCAGGUGGAGCAUGAAAAGGCAGUGCUACUCAUGAACCUGCAGGAGUCACAGACCCAACUGCAGCACACACAGGGCGUCCUGACUGAGCAAAAUGAGCGUGUCCAUCGCCUCACUGAGCAUGUCAAUGCCCUGAAGGGUCUCAACGGAGACAAAGAGCUUAAUGACCUGCAGGAGAGUGAGAAGCCUGAUGAUGGUUCUGUAACACCACCAGCUAAUGGUCACCAUGAUACUGAUGUCCAUGGGAUUGAGAUCCUGGAGUGUAAGUACAAGGUGGCAGUGACGGAGGUGAUUGACCUGAAAGCAGAGCUCAAGGCCCUGAAGGAGAAGUAUAACCAGGCUGUGGAGGGGCAGGGAGACAGCCACAGUGACGACAAGGUCCAGGCACUGAGUGAACAGCAGGUAACUCACCUGGAGUGCAGUUGUCGUGAGAGCAGGGAGAGGGUGGUGAGCCUGGAGGCCGAGCUUCGGGCAGCCACAAGCACAGCCACGGAGAGCCAGGGCCUGCUGAAUGUAGCACAGGAUGAGCUGGUAACCUUCAGUGAGGAACUGGCACAGCUGUACCACCACGUCUGCCUGUGCAACAAUGAGACACCUAAUCGCGUCAUGCUGGACUAUUACCGACAGAGCCGCAUCACACGCAGUGGUAGCCUGAAAGGUUCAGAAGACCCCCGGGCUCUACUUUCACCUCGCUUAGCGCGUCGCCUUGCUGCAGCUUGUUCCUCUGAGUCCCCACGCAGUCCCAUGGACUCCCCAAUCAAAGAUGCCCAUCAAAAUGACACAGCAGCAAACACGGUGGACUCUCCGUCCUGCCAUAGCAGCCCCACCCACUACUCCACAGGCUCCCCAGUUAUCAGUAUCUCUCCUUGCCCAUCUCUGGUGCCCUCAGAGGCAGGCGGGGACCUGCGGAAGGAGCCCAUGAAUAUCUACAACCUGAACGCCAUCAUCAGAGACCAGAUCAAACAUCUCCAAAAGGCUGUUGACCGCUCACUGCAGCUGUCCAGGCAGAGAGCUGCAGCCAGAGAGCUGGCUCCUAUGCUUGACAAGGACAAGGAGUCAUGUAUGGAGGAGAUACUCAAGCUCAAAUCCCUGCUCAGUACCAAGAGAGAGCAGAUAGCCACACUGAGGCUGGUGCUCAAGGCCAAUAAACAGACAGCAGAGAUUGCGCUGGCAAAUUUGAAGAGCAAGUAUGAGAAUGAAAAGACUAUGGUGACAGAGACCAUGAUGAAGCUGAGGAAUGAGCUGAAGGCUCUGAAAGAAGAUGCCGCCACCUUCUCCUCCCUCAGGGCUAUGUUCGCCACAAGAUGUGAUGAAUAUGUCAUCCAGUUGGAUGAAAUGCAGAGACAGCUGGCGGCAGCAGAAGAUGAGAAGAAGACUUUGAACUCCCUCCUCCGUAUGGCUAUCCAACAGAAGCUAGCCUUGACCCAACGCUUGGAGGAUUUAGAGUUUGACCAUGAGCAGAUCCAUCGUGGCCGUAGCGCUAAAGUUCCCAAGAUAAAAAGCAGCCCGCCCAAAUUUCUUGUAGAUUGUCAGCAGCCUGCUGCCUCAGUACCGUCACUCUCCCCACAACUAAGGCGAGGGAGAGCAUCCCUAACCCGCAGUCGUAAAUUUGUGGCUGACCUCCACGAACACCACGCAGUCCUGUCUGGCAACGGUAGCCUUCUCUACCCCUGCGACCCUCGUAACUGUCUGGCCCAGCAACUGCACCCACCUGGAACCUAACCCUAACCCUGCUCCGGUCCGGAGCCUGGCUUCACUCUCUUAAAAGUCAAGCAGUAACAGAGACAUUCUGCAAGGGGGUUCCAUCACUUUAACACCCCCAGACCAAGGAGUUAAACCUGGUGCUUACUGGACUCUGUCCCCCUAACUCCCCGACCCCUCACCUUAAUACCCUCGCCCCUCCCUCAAGUGCUACAUGGCCCAGCCCCAGUAGGCCUCCUGGUUACCUGGGUCGCAGGAAGAAGAAGAGCAGGACGCUCUUAUCUUCUCUACAAGUGACAUUCUAUCCUGGACUGAGGCGCAAAUCAUGGGAAUCUCUUCCCUUAUUCCUGCUAGUAUUUAUUGAUAUUUUGUUUAAUAUUUAUUUACAUAUUAAUUUGUGACAACUUUCUGAGAUAUUUAUUACUUGGAUGUUUUCUGUUUGUCAGUCAUUCUUCAAUCAAGAUGCGUUCAGUGAUCACGUACAACUUGGUGCAUUCAUUAAUGUGUGCAGCCAAUUCUUUUCAACAAAAGAAAAGCAGCACAACCAAAAGAAGAACUUUUUCAUUGUUAAAAUUACUUAAGGAGGAUUAAAACUUGCCUAACAUCACAUUUAAAAAGUUAGAUCUUGCAUAUAUACUAAUCAGUCAGUAUAGGCCAUUUUACACAGGGGUACACUGAGUUUGAUGUUGCAUCAGGGAAUGAAGGGAAACAUAUUACAAAAAAAUUGUGUCAUGUGGUGGUGAUAGCUGGAUUUCAUAAAGACUAUUUUCUACUUUGUUUUACUUUUCACCAUUCUUUACAACAGUCUCUGGUGACAUGGUUGUGUCUGUUAGCUCAGAUCUCUUCAGAGACUGGGAUAGAUGAGAGGCUGAGUGUGUGAGGUCAAGACUAGGGCUGUUGACCCGGGUUUUUUGCCUUUUGAAUUGCACAGGUUUAAGUGACUGUGGAAUGAACUGACCCUAUUAUUUUUAAAUUUAGUUAAGGAUGGAGGAUUCCCCAAAGGUGUGCCUCUUCUUGCGUUAACGUCAACGUUGUAUUCUCAGCAUCGAGUAUUCUCAGUCCUCUCUGUGGUCCCCUUCACUGUACUGGUCACAGCUCAAGAAAACUGUUAUCACCCCGAGUUGCCCAGACUACAACAAAGUGACAUGUUCAGUAUUCCAGGAUACUUGCCUGUCAUUGUAACAUCUCCUUGUUGAGUAGCCUUCACAUACUUCCUCCAAGCAGUAUUCUGCACUGUCCAAGCACAAUUAUGCACUAUGCAUUACAGCAAUACAGUAGCAUGGUCGUAGGCUGAUAGUGAUAUGGUUUACAUUGUCUUCCAACCAUUUCUGUCACCGUGAACUAACCAGCAGGAUGACAAGAGAAGACGGCGGGAGUCUCCCUGACUUUCUUUUUAAAAAGUGGCAUUUACAGCCACUGACUGUAUAGUUACAGCACUAUGUUUUUUUUUGCUUGUCUUAUUUUAUUUUUUGCAGUAACACAAUGUUAACACAUUGUUUUAUUCGCUGAUGAAAAGGGGCUGAGUCUGACUGAGGGAUGUACAGUAUGUAAACUGUGCAAAUGAUGCAACAUUCACUGCAUAACUGAAGUUCCAUCUUAUCUUUAUAACCUCACAAUGUCUUUAAUGUUAACAUUUCCCUUUCUGCAUUUUGCCACAUGGAUAUGAAAUGAUUAAUCUACUUAGCCAGCAUAGUGUUGUAAUGACAGAUGAAAGCAUUUCUUCUGUAACUGAGAAGAAGGAUUGGACUCCUGAUCUCUCUCUCUCUCUCUGCAUUUGUUGGAUUUAUCUUUUUUUAACAGUCUGGAUUGUUUCCUUUGCAGCUACAGAGUGAUGGAAAUGUUUGUGAACCCCAGCAGGUUCACUGGUGAGCUAAUUCUCUGGUUUGUUUGCACAGCAUAGCAGUGGAUGGAGAGAGAUUAAUCCAGUCAAAGGAAAACCUGGUUUAAAAAGAACAGUAGCUGUAUGCCAUGCUGCAGUGGGUUUAACAGUUUCUUCUCCAUUUAAAAGUAUUUAACUGGUUUCAUAAGUAAAUAAAAGACAUG